CGCCAUGAGACCUGGUAAAGAAGGAUCGGAAAUGGCGGGUGAACUCGCCGCCUCCUUAGCUCCCGGCUGCAUUGUCGAUUCGUUUCGCCAGUUUGGGAAAUCUCCAUUACUAUAAAUCUGCUCUUCCAUUUUCUUCCAAACUCCUUUCCUCCCAAUAUCUUUAUCUGCUUCCGGCGUCUGCUUUCCCCUCUCCAUCGGCGAAUUCUGAUUCCCAGCUCCAUCAAUGGCGAAGGUCAAGAUCGGAAUCAACGGUUUCGGAAGGAUUGGGCGCUUGGUCGCCAGAGUCGCGUUGCAGAGAGACGAUGUCGAGCUCGUCGCUGUCAACGAUCCUUUCAUCACCACCGACUACAUGACGUAUAUGUUCAAGUAUGACAGUGUUCACGGGCAAUGGAAGAACCAUGAGAUCAAAGUGAAGGAUUCAAAAACCCUUCUCUUCGGCGACAAGCCCGUCACUGUUUUCGGCUGCAGGAAUCCCGAGGAAAUCCCAUGGGGUGAGACCGGAGCUGAGUACAUUGUGGAAUCCACCGGAGUUUUCACUGACAAGGAUAAAGCUGCUGCUCAUUUGAAGGGUGGUGCUAAGAAAGUUGUGAUCUCUGCACCAAGCAAAGAUGCACCCAUGUUCGUUGUCGGCGUGAAUGAGAAGGAAUACAAGUCUGAUCUUGAUGUCGUCUCCAAUGCUAGUUGCACUACCAACUGCCUUGCUCCCUUGGCUAAGGUCAUCAAUGACAAAUUCGGCAUCGUUGAGGGCCUUAUGACCACUGUCCACUCUAUUACAGCCACGCAGAAGACUGUUGAUGGCCCGUCGAUGAAGGACUGGAGAGGUGGAAGGGCUGCCUCCUUCAAUAUCAUUCCAAGCAGCACUGGAGCUGCUAAGGCUGUUGGCAAAGUGUUGCCUGCCUUGAACGGGAAGUUGACUGGAAUGGCGUUCAGGGUUCCCACGGUUGAUGUCUCGGUAGUGGACCUCACUGUCCGGCUCGAGAAGAAGGCCACUUAUGAUGACAUCAAGAAUGCCAUGAAGAACUGUCUCUCUUAUUCGAUGCCAUUAGCAUCUGCUAUACAAAUUUUGUGGCUGAUCAACUUGCCAUACACCCAUUGUUGCAGGUCUAGCAUCUUCGAUGCCAAGGCUGGAAUUGCUCUGAACGACAACUUCGUGAAGCUCGUCUCUUGGUACGACAACGAGUGGGGUUACAGCACAAGGGUUGUUGACUUGAUCUGCCACAUGGCUUCCUGCAAGUAAAAGGAACACUGCACCCAAUAUUGGGUCGAGUUUAGGGAAUUAGAAGAGAAGUACUAAAUAAUCCCAGGCACGAGAGAACAAUCUUUGCAGUUGUGGAAGUGGUGGAAGAAGCUACCCCUUUCCCAACUCCGUAUUUUUAUAUCCUUGGGAAGUUUUGAGGCUCUCCCAAAUGUGGAGUUUUGAAUUUUUUUCUGGUUUAUUUAUGUAAUGAUAUGAUUUGUUAAUUUCAAAUUAAUGAUCAUAUGUGCUCAUUUUUAGUUAUGGAUGAUUGAACCAUCACUAUGAAAUAACUCCUCUUUUGUUUUGGAAACUCAACUAAACCUGAAUCAAAUUAACGAUCUAACAAAAGUGAUAUUUCAACCAGUAAUAGAAAUAAUAUGAUUAAAAUUUCGUUUA